AUGAGCCUGCGGGGGCCGUCGCUCAGUGUGCCUAACGCGGAGGGCGUGCCGCGGCUCACGGAUGUCGCGCUGGACCUCUGUGGAAGAGCCCUGGCCUCUGUUUGGCCGCUGAUCGUUGCGUCCGGACCGGAAAAAGCCGAGACAUUUGCCUGCUGGUACUUGCGCCGCGUGGCGUUCAUGCAGGAGCGCACAAAGGAAGAUUUUGACGAGGCACGAAACGUAGAAGUGCCGGCCGACGCGCGAGAAGGCGGCGAAGCGAACUUUUCCCUCGCGUUUAAUGCGCUGUGCCGGGGACCCGUCGAGAAGGAGACCCACGGCUGGCAGCGGGAGCGGUCUUCCUCUGUGCCCACAGUCUUUGGAUUCGCAGAACAAUCUAGCUCUUCUGCACCCCUGUUGGCAGCUGCACCCGUGACGCCUGUGGAGGGGAGUGCAGGGGGCGACGGUGAGAGGCACCGCGCUUUCGCGUACUUUGAGGAGCUGCUGGACCUUUGCAGAGAUGUUGGUGGGCGCGACAUCCGGGAGGACUGCCUUCAACGUGUUAUUUCCCUCAUCACGGGAGACUUUUCUUGCUCCGGUCGUGCGCCGCGGGCCCUCUGGGGCAGCCAAAGCCUCGAGGAGCGGGCUGCGGUGAUACUCCCCGCACUCUCAGCCUUGUUUACGCUGAGGGGUGAAUUCUCCGCCGAGCACGUGCCACGGAGCCUCACAACUUCUUUUUUGGUUUGGAUGCGUGUCAGCUGGAGCUGUGCGUCCUUUGCGUGGAAGACGCACAUAGCACGGGCGGUGGGAGAGUGGCUCGCCGACUUUGAGUCUCGGCGGGCGUCGACGGCGUUGUCGGGGGCAACGCUGCCGUUGAGUCAACCCAUGCGGCCACCGCAGAAGCCAAAAUCCUCGUCGCAUAGGCCCUCCGCAAGGAGCUUCCCCCCGGUCUUGGAGGGGAAGCAGAGGCUGAACAUUGCCAACAUGUGCAUUGCGAUGCGACGCAUUUGUGAGGGCUGCUCACCGAGCGAGAGAGAUCUUCUGGAGUUACUCAUUCAAAGUGGGUGUGGAGUUCAGUUUUCCGACCAGAAUGUGUUGGAGCACGUGAUGAGCGACGCGGCAGCGGGAGGCGGGGCGUCCGAUGCGCAUCUGUCCCACCACUCCAUCCUGCUGCGAAUUGCGAGCGGUAUGCUGCUCUACGCGCUAUUUUAUCUGACGGUCAACUCCUUGGAGGCGGCCCUUCACUGUGCACGAACCGCCGUCCUUGUCGGACACCAGUGGCGUUCCGACGAGUUUCUCACAAUGGCACACUACAGCAGCUUCCUUGUCCGUCUCGCCAGCCAAGACGCUCCCGCGGCCGCGGGAGAGAUCGCCAUCCUGCUUCAGUUAGCGGAUGCCGCAGCGCAUAGGGACGAUGACGUCGGCGGUGAGGCGAAUUACAACGCACCCCGAUAUCACGCCGGUUGUUUGGGCUACAUGGGGGCGGCCCUGCUACUGCUUAUUUGCCCAGGAACCCUCGACACUUACCUACGCUCUGUGAUUAUUGCUGGUAUUGUGGCGGGGAGGCCCGCCGCGAGCGAGGCAACAGCUGACGGCCAGGCUGUGUUGGGCGGCACACGCAAGAGUCACGGCAGUCACGCCGAGGCGGAGGCGGCUCGCGGCGGCCACUCCGUCGUGGUGCAGACCAUUGCGCAGACGGUGCGAUUUGCGCUUUGGCUGUCCGAGAUGGAGACUCUUCUCGACCCCUCCUCGACGGUUGUGACGGAGAUUAUCACCGGCGUUGGACGAGAGACUUUGAUGAUUAUCGCCGGGCACUACGGCGUGCGUGUCGCGCAGAAGGCCAUCAACGCCGCCUCGCUCGGCCGCCUGCUACGCCAGCUGGACGAAGAGGUGUCCACGGCCUCCUCUCUCUUCUCGUGUCAACCCGCAUCGCUCCUGCUGCGGGAAACGCUGCGGCAAACGGCUCAUCGUGCAUUGGCCACGCAGGUUGGCGCAGCGGAGCCCUCGCCUGGGGCAGGACCGUUGAACAUCUUGCACGACUUCCUCGUGGCGGUGGAAGUGCACUACGGCGAGGACGGCGCAGAGGUUGUGCGGGGAGACUUCUUCUUUACGUCUACCUACCGCUUCCUCUUUGCCGUCUGGCUCCGGAAGCAUGGGUACAUGAAGUCAGCCUACCAAGAACUCACCCGCCUCGCUGACAGCAUGCUAUUCCAUAGCCGUUGCAGCACGGAUGAUAGCAUGGUAGGUGGAGAAACUGCGUCAGCCGCAGCCGCAGCCGCAGCGGUGCCGCCGCUGACGAAAAAAAUGACACACACAACAUCAGUGCUUAAGAAGAGUGGUCUGGAGUACUGGCCGCCUGACCAUUUGCUGCUUUGGCAACAGGUGCAGUUUGAGCGGGCGCAGCUGGCACGCUACCUUGGUUACUCCGCUACCUUGCCUGCCAUUGACGGGGCGCUGCGUCGCGUGAGUGCGGGGAGCCAUUUAGUUAUGGGCGUACUCUACGCCGACCUUGUUGCCGCCAUGAUGUGCUUUCAGCGUGGGAAUUACGCUGAGGCCCUCCACGUACUCGACAAAGUCUUGAGCGGCGCGAAACGCAUCGGGUUGACGUUGGUGCAAGCGCACGCAAAUUCGAUGCGGGUCUCUGCUCUGCUUACGUGUAGUCGAUGGGACGAUGCACAGGAAACCUUGAGCGCCAUGCGUCCUCUUCCCUCGCUGCUGGAACCGGGCUUCCUCCUCGCUCGGCUGCGUGCGCAGGGAGAGUCGCUGCUGGCGUCCUCGGCAGCAACAGAAGCUGACCUCGUCGCUGUCGUGGAGCACCACGUGCGUCGCAUGGAGGCCUGUGGGUGUUUCCGCGAGGAGCCGGAGGAAGAGGAUUCCGUCGGCAUUACUUUGGCGGAGAAGUUGUGCGUGCACGCCUGCAUCGCCCGCUUCGCCGUGACGUCGUCGUCGUCGGAGCAGCAGCAGUCGUGGGAGAAUAAUUUAGCGGCGCUUUCAAGAACGUUGAGGCAGCGCCAGUUUCAAGAAGGAAAGUGGCAGGUGCUGUGUAACAUGCCCAUGCGGCAUGUCUGCCGAGAUAUUUUGUCGGGUGCGCUACUGCAGCAGCUGACGCAGACUCCCUGA